CAGAUUUUAUUUGUUCAUUGACCUGACCGAGUGUGGCUGUGCGCUGGCGCACUCGUCACGUACGGUUCGCGAGAAGUUUAUUUUUGCAGAUUGUGAAUUAAGUUGUAUCAAUGCUGUUGGAAUAAAUAAACGAUAUAUUUAUUACCGUAUACAUUUAGAGUUAUCGCUAGUAACGCCUUUAAUUGUUGGUCACAAAAUGCGGUGCAAUUAUUUACUCUACGCUGUUUGCUUCGCCACAUGGUCAUGGACGCGCGCCGAGCUGUUCACUGCUAUAUCGGAGGUGGAACCGCUACUGGAGACCCAUAAGAAGAUCAUCGAUGAUUUAGAUGACUAUAUUCAAAAGGAGGAGAAAAGAUUAUACGUUUUGAAGAAACAUCUGAAUCUAUACAAGAAAGAACACGGGAUGGCGAUGGAGGACAUUCCCAAUUAUUUGGGGAACCCUAUCAAUGCAUUCACCCUCAUCAAACGAUUGACAACUGACUUGGAUUUUAUUGAAAAGAGCAUCAAAAUUGGAACCGAAUACAUAAAGAACAUAACGGUGAAUCACGCGGGCGUGAAGUAUCCGACCUUGGAAGACUUGUCGGGCGCGGCGCAGGCGCUCACUCGUCUGCAGGACACCUACCAGCUAGACAUAGGAGAGCUAGCUGAGGGGAGACUUAACGGAGUUGUUUAUAGUACUCCGAUGAGUGCGGGCGACUGCUAUGAGUUAGGCCGCACACUGUACAACGAGAAAGACUUUAGCAACUCUCUGCGCUGGAUGCUGGAAGCUCUGCGCAAAUAUAAAGAAGAGAACGAGAUCUAUGACUUUAAGGAGGUCGACAUACUGGAGUAUAUUAGCUUCUCACAUUAUUUAUUAGGUGACGUGAAAGCCGCGUUGCAAUGGACUAAGAAGCUGUUAGCUUUGGAACCAAAACACCCUCGCGCGCGCGGCAACGUACCUCACUUCCAGAAGACCAUCGCGGAGACGGAGGUGAAACUGAAGAGGAGACGGAGAGGGGAAACCGGGGAAGAUGACGAGGAAGAAGACUCGAAGCCGAUGUCUUACCUCAGCAAAGAGCGCAAAGUGUACGAAGCUCUGUGCAGGGGGGAAAUAGAAAUACCCAGCGAAAUGAGUCGCAGGUUGAAAUGCAGUUACCUUACGGAGAACCAUCCGUUCCUGAAGCUGGCGCCUAUAAAGAUGGAGCAGAUGUAUAUAGAUCCCGACAUUGUCGUCUUCCACCAGGUCCUGAGUGAUGACGAAAUAGAACAUAUCAAGGACAUGGCUAAGCCGAGGUUCAAACGCGCGGUCGUCCACGACCCGAAGACCGGGGAAUUAGUCCCAGCUCACUACCGCAUCAGUAAAUCGGCGUGGCUGAAAGACGAGGAGUCAGAUGUGGUGUCGCGCGUGUCGCGACGUGUGGCAGACUUCACCGGUCUCACCAUGGACACCGCCGAGGAGCUGCAGGUCGUCAACUACGGCAUCGGGGGACAUUACGAGCCGCACUUCGACUUCGCAAGGAAAGAAGAGAAUGCCUUCAAAAAGUCUAGCGGAAACCGAAUAGCUACAGUUUUGUUUUACAUGUCGGAGGUGGCUCAGGGGGGCGCCACUGUGUUCACGGAGCUGGGUCUGAGCGUGUUCCCGGUGAAGAACGCGGCCGUGUUCUGGUUGAACCUGCACCCGUCAGGAGAGGGCGACAUCGCCACGCGCCAUGCCGCCUGCCCCGUGCUGCGCGGCUCCAAGUGGGUUUCAAAUAAAUGGAUCCACCAAGGAGGUCAGGAGCUGCUCAAGCCAUGCAACCUGGAAUACCAACAGGAAGAUGUUAUGCGUAAAAUUCCAAGACCUAUCUCACGAACAUCGAGAUAAGACAAAUUCAUUUUAAAUAAAUUAUUCCAUAAGUUGUACCUAAAUAUUAAGACAAUUAAGACACAAUUACUUGGAACCAAUGCGCUCAAUAUGAGCUGAAUAUUUAACUAAAAAAUACUACAGUUUUGUCCUUUUAAUAAUUAGU